GACUACAAGAGACCCGCAAAUCAUGAGGACCGACCAAACACACACACACACACACACGCAGGCUCUCUCUCUUACACACACACACACACACGCGCGCGCUUUCACACAUACACGAACCCCUCGACGAGACUCUCACACACACCAGAACGACACAGAUGCUCUCUAGCGCCCCCUGUGUGAGUGUCAGAUCAUGACAAGAAGCCCGUCACUCCUGCUGAUGCUCGUUCUGCUGCUGGACACAGAGGUGUGUCAGUGUGAGGAUGUGCUCGUAGCGGCGAGGAUGUCAACAGACGAGGGGAGCGAUAUCCCAGAAUCCCCUGCGGAUCUGAGCGUGACCCGUGAGCAGAUCCUCUCCGCCCAGUUUGAGUGUUACCUCAAAAUAAUGUACGAGCCUCCGCGCAGAGAUCCAGGCCCGUAUUGUAACCGCACGUGGGACGGGUGGCUCUGCUGGGGAGACUCCGCCCCCGGCACCGCCUUCCAGCACUGCCCCUCCUACUUCCAGGAUUUUGAUCCGUCUGAAAAAGUGACCAAAGUGUGUGACUCAGACGGUCAUUGGUUUCGUCACCCGGAAAGCAACCGACUCUGGUCCAAUUACACGCAGUGCUCCGCUUACACUAAGCAGAAACUCAAGCUCACGCUUGUGGCUUACUAUCUGGCUAUUGUGGGAAACGUCCUCUCCAUCAUAUCGCUCAUCAUUUCCAUAUGCAUCUUCUCCUACUUCAAGUGUUUGAGCUGUCAGCGUAUCACUCUUCAUAAAAACAUGUUCACAUCCUUCAUCCUGAACUCCUUCGCCACCAUCGGCUGGUUCUACUUCGUCAUCGGCGGCCAUCAGAGCAGAACGGACUCUUUUCAGAUAGGCUGUAAGAUCCUGGCGAGUGUCAUUCACUACACCUCAUGCUCCAACUUCUUCUGGAUGUUGUGUGAGGGCAUCUACCUGCACACGCUCAUCAUCGUGGCCGUGUUUGUGGGCGAGCAGCAGCUGGGCUGGUACUACGUCCUCGGCUGGGGUUUCCCAGUGAUCCCUGCUGUCAUGUACGCGGUGGCACGUCUGCUCUUCCUCGAUGACAGGUGUUGGGUCAUCAACACAAACCUGCUGUACAUCACACACGGCCCGAUAUACGUCGCUCUGCUGGUGAACCUGUUCUUCCUGCUCAACAUCGUGCGUGUGUUGAUCACCAAACUGAGGGUCACACACCAGACGGAGAGCAGUGUGUACAUGAAAGCGGUGCGCGGCACCAUCAUACUGGUCCCGCUACUGGGAGCCCAGUUCAUACUGGUGCCCAUGCAGCCGAGCGGACGCCUCUCUCUGGCCAUCUACGACCUCUUCAUGAACAUCUUUGUGCAUUUCCAGGGUUUUCUGGUGGCCGUGAUCUUCUGCUUCUGUAAUGGAGAGGUGCAGUCGGCUCUCCGGCGUAAGGUCGCUCAGUAUCGCUGUCAGUGGAGGCGACGGCGUUUGGUGACCACAGAUUCUCACUGUAACUAUCACACCAACUCCUCCAUCACCGAGACCAGCCGGGUCACCCUCAGCCUCGACACACACACACUCAACGGCCAGAGCAACGGCAAGCCCUGGCCCAACCCCGAGCCCGCGGUCCGUGGAGAAGUGCUCCAGUCCACUGAGAUAUGAGCUUCAUCACAAGAGAUCCUGUUCACACUCCCUGAAACCAAACACACACAACACAAGUCAUGGAAACCUUAUUUCUGAACGUUUUCAAAAUGUUUUUUCUUUGUUGUGCGAUUGCGAACGUUACCCUCAUCCUUCCCGACACUUAUUUUUUUAAAAUUGGGUGUUCAUCAGAGUUCAUCUAGACCCUAUGAGUUUUGUCGCACUUGAACCACGAAUCAAGUUUUUGUGGUCAAAAUUUUAAAAAAAUAACAAAUUCUUCCCUCACGGGUCAUUUUAACCCCCUUGAAUGAAUGGAAAGCAUUGUGAGUUUUUUUUAAUUGAAUUUGAAAGAAUUUAAGGUAUGUGUUUAAAUUACUUUUUUUCCCAUUAUUUAUUGAUCAAAUCUAGUAAUUUAAAGGAAAUAAAAUAAGAAAAUAUAAAAAAAAAUUGCAUUAAAUAAUAGACAAAAUACUAUCAAAAUGAAAUAAGCUUUUUGAAAAAUAAAUAAAUAAAUUGUAUGAUUUUAGGGUUUCGGGUCAUUUUGACCCGGGAGGGAAAGAUGUUAGAAAUUGCGAGGAAAGGAUGAUUAAAGGAACGUUCCGUUGGGAAACGUUACGUUUGAAAGUUCUCUGUGCAAACGUUCUAAAGAACAUCUUUAAAGAACUUUGAACGAACGUUCUAUUAACGUUACUGGAAGAACGUUUGCUCAGAGCGUUCCCUGUCAGUUGUUUAUGCACUAAUAUCUCAUCACAUUUUACUUCUGUGAUGUGACGUUUGACUAGUGAAAGAGUUUGUGUUUGUUAUGGAUUAUUAAUACAUUUAUUGGUAUCAUGUUGUAUUUGUACAUUUAAACACAUCAGUCUGACUGUAAAGUUGCUUUUAGCGAGAUUUCUUCAGUCGAAACUGUUCACCGAUUUAUAUUUCAAUAAAUGCGCACGUGUUAAUGUGGAAAAACCAAUGGAUAUUGAACAAAGCGAAUAGUUCACUUGUCUGCGUUCCGCUUCGUCUGUUGGUCAUGUGACCUAAUUUUUGUCAUCGGAACAGUAUGUGCACUACCUAGUGGACUUAAACUGUACCACUGUGUUUCUAGGGAUCAUGUGCUGCAUCCAUAAUCGCAUACUCUCUUUAGUAGGUACUUGUUUCGGAUAAGUAAUCAGGGUACUUCAUCGCCGCAAAAAAGUACUUUCUAGUAAACCAACGUCUGUCCCCGUUGGUGGGUGCGCGAGGCGAAGUGGAAUGCGGAAAACAUAUUGUUGUAAAUAAGCUAUUAUAUAAGCACUUGUUUUCACUGAAUGUAUCUGCUUUAUGAGCCCUUUAUUAUUCUGUGUUAAAGCCUGUGAGAUGUCGUGUCACAUUUGCUUUUUGUGAUUCUUGGAAAAUGCAAACAAAACAUUCCAUUUGACUUGUUAAUGUUGGAUUAUCACUAUUUGUGAUAUAGUGAAACUCAAUAAAAGUUCCACUUUGUUAUUA